CGCCGAAACAACUUUGGAGCAAGAAAGUUUAUUGUUUUCUUUUUCGGCUUUUAUACAUUUAAAGAAAAGGGAAGAGUGCAUGAUGAUGGACGAGCAAUUAAUUGAUGAAGUGGCUCAUCACGGCGUCAUAUUCAAUCGUCAAAAGUAUUAUCUAAAUGGCAGCGCCAGCGGUGGCAAGUACGAAACCAAGGACGAGGCUUGGCAACUUAUUGCACUCAAGCUGCGCACGGACGUGGAAACGUGUAAGAAGCGAUGGAAAUAUCUGCGCGAGCGUUAUGUGUCUCAACGCAAACAGGGUGAUCCACCAGUCUACGAGCAUUUAUCUCGUCCAUAUUUGGAGAAAAUGAAAUUCCUGGAUCAGCAUAUACAGCCCAGAAAGUCCUACCGCAAUGUGCCCAACUUUCUGACCUCACCGCAGUCGGCAAACAGCUCGAACUAUAGUGAAUAUAAUGUGGACUCCAAGUCGAAUAGUUCGCAUUUUGGUGCUGCUUCCACACAAAAUCAUCAUUAUCAACAGCAGCAACAUUCACAACAUUCACAACAAACAACUGAUUCACAUCAUCCAAUGAAUGCACUUAGCUCAGCAGCUGCUUCCGCUUUGGAGAAUGUCAAUGGACAGGUCAAGAUUGAGGCGGAGAUCUUUCGAGAUUUUGCUGCUGCUGUCGCAUCACAGCAACUGCAACACAUUUCCCAAUCACAAAUGCAACAGCAACAGGCAGCGGCAGUGGCAGCUGUAAUGGCUGAUUCCUCGCAGGGUUAUCAGGAGCCGUAUCGUGAUAAUGCGUUGGCUGUGACUGCAGCACAGAAUAGCGCUGGCAGCACUGGCGGCUUAACGUCUACGUCUUCCUCAAUGAAAUCGCCGUUGUCAUCGCCACUGCCAGGCAUUGGCGCACAGGAGGAACAGCCAGGAAGGGCGCCAUCAACGGCCCCACAGGGAGCAGCAGUACAUUCCUCUUCAGCCAGCAAUAUGUCGGGCUUUAAUCAUAAGAGCAACGAUGAUUUGCAUUCCUCCACAUCGAGUAAUUAUCACACGAAGAAGCCACGCGUUCAACUCGGCUCAAAUGGAGCUCAGCAUUCCGGCAAUAAUGGAAAUAAUGGGAACAGUCACUAUGUGCACGAUAGCGAUGAGGAUUCGGAUGAUACGGAUUUAAUGACGCCACAAACGAUGUUGCAACAUGACAAUCACUACAACAAUUCUGUAAACAUGCAACGCACUGCAACAAAUGGUAAUAUCAGCAGUAAUAACAGCAACAACAACAAUCAGCAGCAACUGCAACAGCAACAACAACAGCAACAACAACAGCAGCAGCAGCAACAACAACAACAGCAGCAGCAACAACAACAUCAAAACAUGUUUCCAUCAAAUACAGAUUUCCUUUUUCAACUUUAUCAACAAUUGCCACAACAAGCUGCAACAUCACAUUCCAGCAAUUUUGGCAAAUUUCAAUCACCCCCAAAUCCGCCCAGUGUACAGCGUUCAUCGGAGCAUCUGCUGGGAGAACUGGUUACCACGGAGCUCCUUAAGAUGAACAAGGAUCGUCGAAAAAAUGUGCAGAAGCGCAUAUUGGAAAUACUCUUUUUUGAUGAUUAAAUAUGAUGAUAGUA